GAACGUUCUCUGGGUGUGACAAAAGACUCAAAGUCUGCUCACAGUCAGCUCGGAGUGGGGUUUGACCAUAGCUGGUUCGGGGCUCAAGGGCUCCUCUAGGUGGCCUCACACUCUCGCAGCCCUGACCUGCAUCCCAUCCCAACUUUACUGCCCCCAAAAUUGUCCUCUCCACCAGCUUCAGUGAUAGGCAGUCGUAUGCCUUUGCCAGGCUGCAAGUAGGAUCCUAUCUCUUGGGUGCCUCAGCCAUGACAGGUGAGGAUUCCAUCAGCACCUUGGGCCUGAUCCUUGGCGUGGGGCUGUCAUUGCUGCUUGUGUCUGUCCUUGGCUACAGCCUGGCCAAGUGGUACCAGCGUGGCUACUGCUGGGAGGGGCCUAAUUUUGUCUUCAAUUUGUACCAAAUUCGGAAUCUAAAGGACCUGGAGACUGAGCCACCAUUCACCAUCAGUGGCCACAUUGGCAGUCCAGAUGGUGGUUACAUGAAGUUCUCCAAUGGCAUAGUCUGAUGGGGGAGGCAUCUGCCAUCUGGAGCCUAGGAAAGGAAAAGGCUCCUGGCUCAGCACCCAUCCCUCCUCACUGCCUCCCUUCCUGUGCCUUCAAGACCUGGCCUGCCUUCUUGUAAAGAGAACAAGAGGUCUUCUCUGGAUACUCCACCAGCUUGCAACGUGAGAGACCCAGGGAGAGACAGACUCUGGGGACAGACCUGGCUGGGCUCACAGAGACUCUAGAAGGCCCAAAGCCUGUAGGAAGAAAGCCAAACCCACUCAGCCCAGUCUAGUGUGGGCAAUGUCCUUAGGUUCCAGAGGAGAGCUCAUCAUAGGACAUUCUACAUCAUUUGUUUUUGUAGAGUUGACUCUACAGGCUGGAAAGCCAGUUGUAUCUUCACUAAGCAAAGUUGUUUGGAGUUGGAGGUGAUUUCAGACAUGGUUUUUUACCUUCCCACUGAAACCAACUUCCCUAACAACUGAUCUUGGCCUUUAUUUUGUUCGGUUCCCCUCUUGGUUUGGUUCUGCCCCUUGCUAUCCUUCCCACCACCUGGCGCCUCCAAACCUCCCACCCCUGUCCCCAACUUGGGCCUGUUCUCCCUACUGUGACAAGUCUCAGGUCUCCCAAACUUGGUCAGUUCUCAGUUUUGAUGGGUAGUGCUGUGAACAGUCAAGAAGCAUGUCCUUUUUUUUUCUUUCAGUACUAGGGAUCGAACUCUGGACCUUGCAUUUGUGAGGCAGGUGGCAGAACCAUGGAGCUAAAUCCCCAGCCCAGCAUGUCCCAUUUUCUAGGCUUCUGUGCUGGUGUGGCCAUGGGGCUUGGGAUGGGCAUGGAGCACAGGGUGAGUUCAGUGUCUCCAAUGCAAAGGCUGCCUCGUGAGGCAAAAAGGGAAUGGUGGGGUAGGGAGAGGAACCCAGGCAAGGCUGCACAAAGCAGAUAAGGGCAAAGGAAACUAAGAAUGGGUGUAGUUGGCACAUAAGAGAACAUCCGUCCUCCUGAGUCAUCACUUCCUCUGGCCUGAGACCCAAGCACUAGAAACAGAGCUGGCACUGGGUUGUGGGCUUAGUAGGAGCUUCAUGCAGAGUUGUUCCACCUGAAAAGGCUACAUCCCUGGGCCAGGUAUGAACAGAGGAGUGCAUGAAAAGGGGACUGCCACUACAGAAACCUGCAUUUGAACCACUAGCCACUGUCCUCUUUGCCAGUGUCCCAGCCACAAGUUCAGCAGAUGCAGCAGUGAGGGAGGAGAGCUGUCAUAUGAUUGGCCUUUCAAUUCUCUUUCCUGUGGCCUUGUUUCUUUCUGGCUUUGGGCUUUAGUAGAUUGUAGAGGAAGGAAGGAGAAGGGCCUUGCCAACUCCUCCCUCAUUCUUUCCUGCCAGGGUCUGGGAGUCAUUCUCCCAGCAGGAUCAGGCCCUGACUUAACAGAAUGAAGCUCUGGGUUUGGAAGGCUUUGUCUGGGGCUUCUGUCCCUGAGUAGGUGGGACUGAGGAAGAGGCCUUCUUGGCUUUGGUCCUGUCUUCCUUGAAAGCCUCUUGGGAGAGAUAGAGAAAGGGGAAACAAUUGCUUUUGCUUCUCUUCUUCCUUUGAGUUCAGCUUGGAGUUCUAGGCCCCUUUUUCUAACCCAUGGGGUAUCCAGUCCCAAUAACCCUUUCUCCCAUGCCCUGCUCAGCAUGGUUCCUGGGACUUCUUUCCCCACUAGGUCACGUGAGGGCCGCUGAUGGCAUUCAGGACUCAGUGGCCAUUGGGAAACUUGAAAGGUGGCAGGACCUUUGCUCAGGUGGUCUUUGUCCCAGGUCUGGUGGCUUCAGGUGAAGACACAGGGACAGCUGCUGAGAGUUGGGAAAAGAGAGGGUAUUUCCCAUCUUCAGUAGCGGAACUGAGAGUAGGCUACUUCUCCUUUCAGGGCCCUCUGACGUGUUUGAAGCCCCUUCCUCCCUCCCCCAUUUUCCUUACUUCCCCAGUGCUGCUUGCACAGAUUUCCUCACCCUGGGCUAGACUCCACCCCAAGGUGCCAUGUGUUUCUGUCAAGGGCUCUAAAGGAGCAGAUUUCCACUUAUUCAGAAGUGAUUAAGGAGCAGAUGGCCUGGAACUCCAGUUGCAGGGCUGCUGGGCUGCACCCUGGAUGGGCACCUAGACCCAUGGCCAAGCCAGGGCCUCCUAGCACCACCUCCCCCUCCUCUUAGCUCUUCUUGAACCCACUGACUCUGUGAGCCAGGAGCUUUUGGGAGAGCCUGUGGGCUCCUGCCAUGAGUUCUCUGCCUCUCUGUUCCUCUGGGCUAUCGCCAGGGCUGUGGUCCACCAGCUCUACCUCUCCUAGCCACAGCUAGUCUCCAUGGAGUUACUCAAGUCCUAUCUUCCCUGCAACUUCCCUCAGGCCUAGAAACUCCAUGCCACCCAUUUUGGUCCCAGUUGUAGACAGCCAUGCUUCCUUCAUUUAUCCUGUUCUCCAACCAGGCUUAGCCCUUUGCGGGCAAGGCUAGGUCCCAUACAAAAGUCUCUAGUAACCCCUAAAACUGAGGCACACAAGUAGGUGCUCAAUAAAUGCUUCCUGAGUAGAGAAGAAACACCCUUUGUGGCCAUAGAAGAUUGCCACAUCCCCAAAAGGGUGCCUGGUAGACUGAGGAUGAACACACUGCUUGCACAGUACAGUCUGUAGAGUGCAAACCAUUUUCAUGCAUGUUGCUGUGUUUUGAGCCUUGUGCCCACGCCGUGACACAGAGAUUAUUGUUGGACCCACUUUACAUAUGUGGAAAGUGGGAGGUUCCGAGAGGUGGCGUGGUUUGCCCGUGCGUGGUUCCACAGCUGCUCCCUGGCUGCGCUGGAGCCUGUGCAGAGACUGCGGCCUCAUGGACACAGCCUGACCUCAGAGCUUAGCAGAGUGGGGACUGAAUGUCGCACAGGGCCUGGUUCUGACCCUGCCCUGCCAUGCUGAGUGGCCAUGGGCUAGUCACUCCUCCUCUCUGGGCAUCUAUUUCAGCAUCAGGAAGUCAAGAUCAAACUAUUUCUCUAAGGCUCUUCCUGGCUCUUAGCUGGUCUGUUUUAUUUUAUUUAUUUUUUUUCUCAUUAACUUUAUUGGUAUAUUUAAAG